AGAGGGCAACUCCUAUAAAACCAGACAACAACAAGAGUCCUCGAACGACACUUCAGACCUGAGUCAAGCAGAACUCCAAGGCGAGCCAAAACCUCACUUUACCUUUGUGACGUAUUUGACGUCCGGAAAAAAACAUUUCUAUCAAUUCAUACACAAAAAGAAGGAAGCUUGUUUUCCUCGUUGACAACAGCACCGCCACCACUGCAAGGGGGAAAAAAGGAGAAAAACGCCAGCGUCGCUGUGUCUGCGUCAACAAUGAGUGUGAACGGCGUCUUGUGCACGCUGGCGCUGCUGCUCGUGUGGCGGGCGGAGGAGCUGGCCGAGGCGUGCAGCUGUGCCCCGGUGCACCCGCAACAGGCUUUCUGCAACGCCGACGUGGUGAUCCGAGCAAAGGUGGUGGGUGAACGUGAGGUGGAUUCUGGCAACGACAUCUACGGGAACCCCAUCAAAAGGAUCCAAUAUGAUGUCAAGCAGAUUAAGAUGUUCAAGGGACCCAGUCAGGACAUCGACACCAUCUUCACCGCACCCGUGUCGGCAGUUUGCGGUGUCACCCUGGACACUAGCGGCAAGAAGGAGUACCUGAUCUCCGGCAAGGCUGACGCCGGCGGGCAAAUGCACGUGACGCUGUGCGAUUAUAUCAUGCCGUGGGACUUCUUGACCAACACCCAGAAGAAGAGUCUCAGCCAGCGUUACCAGAUGGGCUGUGAGUGCAAGAUCGUACGCUGCCCUUCGUUGCCCUGCGAGAUCUCUGCCCCCGAGGAGUGCCUGUGGACGGAUCUGAUGAUCGAGAAGCAGGUAAACGGUCGCCAGGCCAACCACUACGCCUGCGUCAAGCGCGCCGAUGGCUCCUGCUCCUGGUACCGCGGCGUGGCCCCGCCCAAGAAGGAGUUCCUGGACGCCGAGGACCCCUAGGGGAGAACCCUUCUCUCUGGCCUGAAGAUAUCCAUUCACCAACCCCAUGAAAAAAACAGGCCAUUUUGAUUUAAAGGGAAAUAAGAAAUCUGUAGCCUCUCUCGUGUCCAUUUUAAACCAAAUGAGAAUUCUUUGUUGUUGUGGCGGUGGAGGCAUGAGACUGAUCGAGUCGUGAUGUAAUUUCCUCCUGAGGCUGGCGUCAGGAGGACGCAACUUGUUGUUUUAAUGUUUGUAUGUAUGUAACGACGGAGCACUUCCUCUAAAGCUCUUUUCUUAGUCUGGACCAAUCAAUCCCUGAGCUACGCACAUUUAGUCCCUUCAAUGACCUUAUUGUCCAUUUUUCCAAAGCCAAAUUUCCAAGUUGCCUUUUUUUUUCCUUUUUUGGAAGCAUGCCCACAUCAGGUCCUUCACCUAGCAAAACAACACCAUUCAGCAUUCCCAUUUGGUGACAAAUAGCUCACUGGACUGUUUGUGUGUGAAUGUAUACGAGCAGAAAAAUACACAUUUCCUUGCUCCCAUUUUUCAUGAAGCACAAUGAACCGUUUUCGAACGAGAAGCUUCGUUUGCACAGAUGUGUUCUGACUGAAUUCCUGUUAAAUGGGAGCAAUAACUGUUAGAUUCAUUUGCAGCUGUACAGCACCUAUGCAUAUGCCUUUUUGUCCUUACUUGACCAUUAGUAUUAUUUUUUAUGAAUUAUUUACUGCAUUAGCUUACUAGAUUUGCACUUUUUAUUCCCCGAGGAAAUGUUCCCGUACAGAAAGGCCUGAACACUGAUGAUGUUACAAAUAUUAGUACCAGUAGUAUUCUUAUCUUUUCGGCACGCCUCACCAGAGAAGUCUUAUUGAAAGGAAUAGGACGACCAAGGGAUUUGUUUUUAUUAUUUCUACUGCUUUUUUUAGUGUGUUAUUAUUGAUUAUACGUUCAUUUUCACCGUUCGCCAUUUUCCAUGUCUUUUACUCGCCAAAGCUUUCGCCACGCCUUUUAGAACGCAUGUUUACAGCGCUGCUUUAUAUGCAAAGAAAACAAAAAAAAAACAAUAACACAAUUGCGUAGAGGCACUUUCCACUUUAAAGGGUACUGUAUCCUGAAGUAAAAACCAACAAACCUAUUAAAUUUCACUCUUUAAUUGCGUAAAAUUAAUAAUACAAAUUUGGGCUAGAGCUAUCUAUUACAGUGAUCCCUUGUUUUUCGCGGUUAAUGUGGACCAGAACCUGCCGUGAUAAGUGAAAAACCGCAAAGUGGCGCACCCCCCACACCUGAAAUUAAAAAAAAAAAAAUUGGGGGCGUGUGUUCAAUGUAUUUAUUCAGAUUUAGCAUUGGAAAGAGAUACAUAGAAAACAUGUUUUUCCACUUUUUCCCACCAAAGUAUAAUUUUAAUAAAUGGUUUUAAGCACUAGAAAUGUAACUAGCCCUGCAAGCAGGACUGAACGGGCCCUCGCAGUUUGGCACAAUGUCAAGCAAACUGUUCUAAUUGGGCCAAUUUGACAAAGUGUGCCAAAUUCUGUGGCUCCGUAAACUACAUAAACUCUGAAAGCUGCUUAGGCUGCCCCCCACCCCAAUCAUGUAAUCUGUGCAGCCACGACUUUAUUCAAAAACAAAAUGAAUCAUGUACUUUGUCCAACAAGAACCCUAACCCUAAACAGAAAAAAAACGCCCGACUUUGGUACCCAGCCCAGGUCGGGCCCGUGAAUCAAAACUCAACAUUUUGAUAACGUAACAUAUGUCUCAUGAACAGUCUCACCAAUUUUGAGGAGGAUCCAACUAACUGCCUAGGCGCAAUGGUCUCAAACGCGCUAUUUAUCGUCUAAAAUUGCAUGUUUUUUUAACAUUAAAUCCAAAAUACCCGAUUUCCUGUUGGGUUUGGAAUAUGGGUGCAAGAGAUUUUUUUGGAGCAGUUUUGCACAACGUAUCGACUCCCCAAAUUUGAUCGCUCUAUGUCGAAAAAAAUUAAAAGGAGAGGCCUUUUUUUAAAAUUCAAGGGGGCCCCACUGAGCCAUUUUGUUACAUUUUUUCACACCGUUGCCAAAUUAUCGAAAUUUAUAAUCUAUGUGCAAAUUUUGGUGAGUUUUCGAGCAUGUUCAGUCCUUCAAAUUGGCCAUUUUCAUUUGCCAUGAUAAAAAUAAAACAUUUGCAUUCCAAUAGGGCUCACGUGCCAGUUGUAUAAUAAUUAAUAAUAAUAUACGUUUUAAACAUGUUACUUUCCCACCGAAUUAUUUUUAAACAAAAAAAGUACUGUACUUGCUUUUAUUAAAUGCUUCAUUGAGUGAGUCCACUCAAACUUCUCACUUACACACAUUGAGUUGCCACAGCGACUGUUUAACAAGUUAAACGAUGAUUGGCGCAUGCAGCAUUUCGAAGUUAACGGGUCUGGCGAGAUCAGACCCAAACAUCUGUCAACAUCGUUAACUUUAAUAAGCCACUCCAGUACAUGGGCUGACGAACAAAGAGCAGGGAGAAAGAGGGAGGGAGCGUGAGUGAGACUACGUGAUCGGCUCUGGACCACCCAUCUUUUUUUUUUUUUUUUAAAUUGAAAAAACAGUUCGAGAUGGACGAAGAGCGUGAAGUUUGAAGCGCGAAGUAGUGAGGGAUCACUGUAUUUAGGUAAUCUAUGAGGAAUCCAUCAUGAACAUUUAAUGUGUUGCAGAAUAAAUUUUAGGAUAUGUAAAACAAAUAAGUGUUUACGCCUGCAAUAAUAAUAAUUUUGGCUUGCCAAAAUUACACUUUCAAAAGAGCAUUAAAUGCGAAUACAGUUUCACGAGGAAUAUUUGUAUUUAAAAAUGAAAUACCUGAGUUAAGCCUCAAAUGAUUUAAAAAAAAAAAAAAAAAAAAAAAAAAAAAAAGAUCAAUAAGGGUCUAAGUACAAUAAAAAACUGGCUAACUUGCAUAACAAAAGUCUGCUAGCUUAAAUGCUAUAAAAUGCUAACUUUUUUUUUUUUUUAACAAUGCUCUCAACUAAUCGUCCCAACAUACUCCCACUAAAAAACUGCUAAAUAUACUUCUAAACGAAA